CUUACAAUGCAAUUGAAGCUAUAGACCCAGAGAAACUGAAUGUUUUUCGGACAGUCAGAGAGAUAACAGGUUUCUUGAACAUACAAUCAUGGCCCCCAAACAUGACUGACUUCAGUGUUUUUUCCAACCUGGUGACCAUUGGUGGAAGAGUACUGUAUAGUGGCCUCUCCUUGCUGAUCCUCAAGCAACAAGGCAUUACCUCUCUACAGUUCCAGUCUCUGAAGGAGAUUAGUGCAGGAAACAUCUAUAUAACCGACAAUAGCAACCUGUGUUAUUAUCACACCAUCAACUGGACAACCCUCUUCAGCACCAUCAACCAAAGAAUAGUGAUCCGGGAUAACAGAAAAGCUGAGAACUGUACUGCUGAAGGAAUGGUAUGCAAUCAUCUAUGUUCCAACGAUGGCUGUUGGGGUCCUGGGCCAGACCAGUGUCUCUCAUGCCGACGCUUCAGCAGGGGAAGGAGAUGCAUAGAGUCCUGUAACCUCUAUGAUGGUGAAUUUCGGGAGUUCGAGAAUGGCUCCAUCUGCGUGGAGUGUGACUCCCAGUGUGAGAAGAUGGAAGAUGGCCUCCUCACAUGCCAUGGACCGGGACCUGACAACUGUACAAAAUGUUCUCACUUUAAGGAUGGUCCAAACUGUGUAGAGAAAUGUCCAGAUGGCUUACAGGGGGCAAACAGUUUCAUUUUCAAGUAUGCGGAUCAGGAUCGGGAGUGCCACCCAUGCCAUCCGAACUGCACCCAAGGGUGCAUAGGCUCAAGUAUUGAAGACUGCAUCGGCCUGAUGGAUAGAACUCCCCUAAUUGCUGCUGGAGUCAUUGGAGGUCUCUUCAUCCUGGUCAUCGUAGGUCUGACCUUUGCAGUUUAUGUUAGAAGGAAGAGCAUCAAAAAGAAAAGAGCCUUGAGAAGAUUCCUGGAAACAGAGCUGGUGGAACCCCUGACUCCCAGUGGUACAGCACCCAACCAAGCUCAGCUUCGUAUUUUGAAAGAAACUGAACUCAAAAGAGUAAAAGUCCUUGGCUCAGGUGCUUUUGGAACCGUUUAUAAAGGCAUUUGGGUACCUGAAGGAGAAACAGUGAAGAUUCCUGUGGCUAUUAAGAUUCUCAAUGAGACGACUGGUCCCAAAGCCAAUGUGGAGUUCAUGGAUGAAGCUCUGAUCAUGGCCAGCAUGGACCAUCCACACCUAGUCCGCCUAUUGGGUGUGUGUCUAAGCCCAACCAUCCAGCUGGUUACCCAGCUGAUGCCCCACGGCUGCCUGCUGGAAUAYGUCCAUGAACACAAGGAUAACAUUGGAUCACAACUGCUGCUGAACUGGUGUGUCCAGAUAGCUAAGGGAAUGAUGUACCUAGAAGAAAGACGGCUUGUUCAUCGGGACUUGGCAGCUCGAAAUGUGUUAGUGAAAUCUCCAAACCAUGUGAAAAUCACAGAUUUUGGACUAGCCAGACUCUUGGAAGGAGAUGAAAAAGAGUAUAAUGCGGAUGGAGGAAAGAUGCCAAUUAAAUGGAUGGCACUGGAGUGUAUACAUUAUAGAAAAUUCACCCACCAGAGUGAUGUUUGGAGCUAUGGAGUCACUAUAUGGGAACUGAUGACCUUUGGAGGGAAACCCUAUGAUGGAAUUCCAACUCGAGAAAUUCCUGAUUUAUUAGAGAAAGGAGAACGUUUGCCUCAACCUCCCAUCUGCACCAUUGACGUUUACAUGGUCAUGGUCAAAUGCUGGAUGAUUGACGCUGAUAGUAGACCUAAAUUUAAGGAGCUGGCUGCCGAAUUUUCAAGGAUGGCUCGAGAUCCUCAAAGAUAUCUUGUUAUUCAGGGUGAUGAUCGUAUGAAGCUUCCCAGUCCAAAUGACAGCAAGUUCUUUCAGAAUCUCUUGGAUGAAGAGGACUUGGAAGAUAUGAUGGAUGCUGAGGAAUACCUGGUCCCCCAGGCUUUCAACAUCCCUCCCCCCAUCUAUACUUCCAGAGCAAGAAUUGACUCAAAUAGGAGUGAAAUUGGACACAGCCCUCCUCCUGCCUACACCCCCAUGUCAGGAAACCAGUUUGUAUACCGGGAUGGGGGUUUUGCUGCAGAACAAGGAAUGGCAGUGCCCUACAGGGCCACAACCAGCACAAUCCCAGAAGCACCAGUUGCUCAGGGAGCUGCAGCUGAGAUUUUCGACGACUCCUGUUGUAAUGGCACCCUGCGUAAGCCCGUGCAACCCCAUGUCCAAGAGGACAGUAGCACCCAGAGGUACAGUGCUGACCCCACAGCGUUUGCCCCAGAACGGAGCCCACGAGGAGAGCUGGAUGAAGAAGGUUACAUGACACCUAUGAGAGACAAACCCAAACAAGAAUACCUGAAUCCAGUGGAGGAGAACCCUUUUGUUUCUCGGCGAAAAAAUGGAGACCUUCAAGCUUUGGAUAAUCCCGAGUAUCACAAUGCUUCCAGUGGCCCACCCAAGGCAGAGGAUGAGUAUGUGAACGAGCCUCUGUACCUUAACACCUUUGCCAACACCUUGGGGAAUGCUGAGUACCUGAAGAACAACGUUCUGUCUGUGCCAGAGAAGGCCAGGAAAGCGUUUGACAACCCUGACUACUGGAACCACAGCCUGCCCCCCAGGAGCACCCUACAGCACCCAGACUACCUGCAGGAGUACAGCACAAAAUAUUUUUAUAAACAGAAUGGACGGAUCCGGCCUAUCGUGGCAGAGAAUCCUGAAUACCUCUCUGAGUUCUCGCUGAAGCCAGGCACUGUGCUGCCUCCUCCACCCUACAGACACCGGAAUACUGUGGUGUAAGCUCAGCCCUGGUUCUAAGGUGGAGAGACACGCCCGCUCCAAUUUCCCCACCCCCUCUCUUUCUCUGGUGGUCUUCCUUCUACCCCCCAAGGCCAGUAGUUUUGACACUUCCCAGUGGAAGACAUAGAGACGCAAUGAUAGUUACUCGCUUAUCUAACUUGAGCAUAAGAAGGAAGGACUGAAAGAGAAAGACAGGAGGAACCACACUGUUUCUUCAUCUCUCUGAAUGGGUUGGUUAGGA